AUGCCAGGGCUCAUUAACCGGACAAGCAGCUCCCCCCUCCCACUCACAGCCUCCGAGGUCACCUCUUGCGUCAGCGGCUAUGCCUUUGGGAUGACCGCCUCCCUGACCUACGGCAACCCGGAGGCCCAUCCUUUUGAAGGUCUCUUUGUCUACCCACUGGAUGAGUACACCACCGUGGUUGGGUUCGAAGCGGUUGUUUCCAGGCGGGCCGUGACCGUGCAGAUCAAAGACAAAGCCAAAAUAGACGACUGUUACUUGGACUGCGGGAGCCUCCCCAGUGGAAGAGCUCAGGAUGGCAGCGGAAGGAUCGCGCUGGAUGAGGAUUUGGAGCGAAUCGCUUUUGUGGCUAACCUGGGUGUGAUCCCUGCGCUGGAAAGCGUGUCCGUCUUCAUCAGCACCUCCUCGGAGCUGCAGACUCUCCCGAGCGGUGCCGUGAGGGUCCUUCUCCCAGCCGUGUGCGUCCCCAAGGUGCCCCAGUGCGGCGUGGAAAGCACCAGCCUCUCUGGACAUCAGCUCCGAGCAGAUCGACAUUCCUGCACAGCUGGGAGCCCGGAUCCGGCUAACAAGUUCUGUCUGGCCCAGCUGCUGGAGAGCGAGGCCACCAACCCCACCCAGUACGAGUUCAGCUUCCACCUGGAGAUCCGGGGGCCCUGUGUCCUCGCAGGAGUCGAAAGCCCGACACACGAGAUCCGAGCUGACGCCGACCCCUCUGCCCGCUCCGCCAAGAGCAUCGUGAUCACGCUGGCCAACAAACACACUUUCGACAGACCGGUGGAAAUAUUAAUCCACCCGAGCGAGCCUCAUAUGCCUCAUGUCUUGAUGGAAGAGGGUGACAUGACCCCUACAGUAUAUGAGCAGCACCUGAAGGGGAGAAAUGAUUUCAUUAAAGGGACCAAGAAGGACCCCAGCGCUGAGAAAAAGACGGAAAUCAUCAGGAAACGGCUCAACAAGGACAUCCCUCACCACCCCGUGAUCAUGCUGAACUUCUGCCCUGACCUGAGAACCAGCCAGCCAGACCUCAGGAAAACCCAGGGAGAGUUUAUAUUUCUGAUAGACCGCAGUGGAAGCAUGAGCGGCACAAACAUCAGCCGCGUCAAGGACGCCCUGCUGGUCAUACUCAAGAGCCUGGCACCGGCAUGCCGCUUCAACGUCAUCGGAUUUGGGUCGACCUUUAAGACCCUCUUUCCUUCCAGUCAAACUUACUGUGAGAAGAGUCUGGCUAUUGCGUGUGAGAGCAUCAAGAAGCUCCGGGCGGAUAUGGGCGGCACCAACAUCUUAUCCCCUUUAAAGUGGAUCAUCCGGCAGCCCAUCCACAGAGGCCACCCGCGCCUGCUCUUCCUGCUGACUGACGGAGCCGUUAGCAACACCGGGAAGGUCAUUGAGCUGCUGCGGAAUCAGUCUUUCUCCACCAGGUGCUACAGCUUCGGCAUUGGGCAGAAGGCCUGCAGAAGGCUGGUGCGCGGGCUGGCUGCCGUGUCCAAGGGGAGUGCCGAAUUCCUGGCGGAGGGCGAGAGGCUGCAGCCAAAGAUGAUCAAGUCUCUGAAGAAAGCUAUGUCACCCGUCCUGAGCGAUGUAACUGUGGAGUGGGUCUUUCCUGAAACCACUGAGGUCUUGAUCUCCCCAGUCAGUGCCAGCUGUCUCUUCCCUGGCGACCGGCUGGUUGGGUACGGCAUUGUCUGUGACACGUCCCUGUACAUCUCUAACCCCAGAGCUGACAAGAGGCGGCGCUAUAGCAUGAUGCAUUCCCAGGAGUCAGGCAGUUCCGUUUUCUUUCACUCCCAGGAAGAGGGAGCUGGCUCGGACAGCUGGAGCUAUCCCAAGGACUCUGAGGGGGGGCUCCCUUCAGAGCGGACCCCUGAUCUCUUGGUGGUUGGUGGAGAACUGAGGAGAGAAUCUGACCCAGAUACUGGGCUGGACCCUAAAUCCUCCUCCAGGCGAAGGGUGUACAGCACCAAUCAGAUUGCCAGCCAUGAGCCUUUCAAGAGGGUCCCCACAGCCAGCGAUCCGAGCGCUGCCCUGGGCAAGAAUCCUCUUCGCAAAGCCCACAUACAGGAUCUGUGCCAGCUCAGCCCGGAGCCACAGCCAUGGCGAGCGGAUUUCCAGCCUUUCACCGCCAGCCCCUACGUCGCCACCACACGGAUACGAGGCACCGGCGCCAGGAGGCCCUCUCUACUGCACCAGAGCUGCCUGUCGUUUUGUCAGGACGCGGACACUCCCCAGCCACAGGAUGGUCUCCAGCACAUGGCUCCAGGCAGGUGCCUGGGUCAGCCGGAGACCAGCUCUGUCCUGAGAUCCUCCUCGGGCAGCCGGAGCCCUGGGGAUCAGGAAUCUGCCCAGCACCCUUCCUUUGCCUUUGAAACAGAGACUUCGUCAGACUGGGAUCCCCAAGAUCUUGAUCUCAGUUCCACCAGGGGGUACCCGCGCUCCCCCAGGGCCAUCUGCAAGGCGGUGGUGAAGGGGUUAAGGGGUAAUGAGCCUGUCCAGUGGGAAAUCACCUUUGACAUCCGGCCCCUGUUCCAAGACAGAGAGAGCCGUGAGAACGACGAAGGGGAUCUGUGGAACGAGACCUUCCACCACUUGGCGGCCAAGUCCAUCAUCCGGGAUUUCGAGCUGCUGGCCGAGAAGGAAUGUGAAAUCGAACACGGGUCUGGGAGGCGGUACCAGGUAAAUGCUGUCCAAACCAGCCGAGCCUGCAAUGUCAUCAGCAAGUACACGGCCUUUGUCCCGGUGGACCUGAGCACCAGUGGCUACCUGCCAACCGUGGUCGAAUAUGCCAAUGCAGGGCCAGCGUCCAAACAAGGUGGCCAGCGGAGCUCAGGCUCAGGAAGCAGAAGGCACCGAGUCUUCUCCGUCGGACUCGGACGCACCCAGUCGACUUGCGGCCAGGAUGGCGCCGACGAUGGAUUUUACGGCAUGAAUGCAGAUGAGAACAGCCUGUCGCCCGGCAGUACACCUGCCUCUUCCGGCUGGGAGCGCUACAGUGUCCCGGAAGCUCCGCUGCAGAGUCCGUCUGCUUCCUCUGCUCACUCCCAGAAGUCUAUUGAUACCCUUUUUUCUGCCAGAUUGACCCUUCAUAAAACGAGACUGCUGACUCGAGCAGCCAAAGGCUUCAUGAGUAAAUCCCCAAGUCGGGUGAAUGAACCCAGCUCCGAGAGCAGCAAUGAAAACAUUGACUACCUACCCCUGGUGUCUCUGCAGUUGGCCUGCGGUGCCUUCCUGCUGAACCCGGCGUUCUGCCACGCAAUCAGCAUUCCCAUGGAGAAGCUGAAGUGGACGUCUCCGUUCACCUGCCACCGGAUGGCUCUUAGCCCCUCCGCCAGCUCCUACAACACUAAGAAGUCAGGCCCACCUCAGGAGCCCAAGAGCCCUGGAUGCAGCCGGCAGCUGCUGGCACCGAAUGACGUUCCCAGAGAGAGCUCCUCAGACAGCGACUUCACUCCCGGUGCAGCACUGAACAGCCAUGGCGAGGCUACGGGAGACGCAGGCCGGCCUCGCCACUUCUCUGGCAGCGCAGUGGAAAGCCUCUCAAAGGCCCUGAAAGCUGAGAACGAACUCUCACCUCCUGCCAUCACCAUCCGCCGCUUCUCCUCCCCUGAGAGCACCCAGUCCCCUCGGGAGCCGCAGAGUGACAGCGGCAGAGGCUCGGAGUCUGACAGCUCCGAGCUGCAGUCUCUGCUCUUUGACAUCGAGCUGCAUCAAUGGGCUGAGCCAGAGGGGAUGCUCUGGGCCACAGCAGUCGCCCUGGCCUGGCUGGAGCACAGCUCCGCCUCCUACUUCAUUGAGUGGGAACUGGUGGCCGGCAAGGCCAGCAUGUGGCUGAGUGAGCAGGAGUUCCCGGAGGGCCGGAGCCUGGGGACCGUCAAGGCCGCAGCCCGGCAGCUGUUUGUUUUGCUCAGGCACUGGGACGAGAACCUUGAGUUCAACUUGUUGUGCUACAACCCCAACAACGUGUAG